UUACAAACAGUCGAUAAAACCACACCGACGAUGUUUCGUUAGUUACACAGAACAUAGUUAUGUUAAUUAAUAGUAUUCAAGACAUUGAAAACAUUUAAUUUAAUAUAGAAUUAAUUAGAGUUCUUCGUUGUUUAUUAGAAGUGACAGCGUAUUUUUAACAGUCAUUAAUAAGUGUUCGCUGUGUAACGGCGCUGUUUGAGUUGUGUCAACUAAAACAUAAUGAUACUUUUAAAUGUGCUUUUGAUGAAAUUUUUUAAGGCAGUUGAAACCUACAGCUCGUCGACCGUAGUUCAAUGGAUAUUAAGGAUAUUGGCUUUGAGCCAUGCAAUUAAACCUGCCGGGUGGCCCCCUAAUUACCAUUUGAAGGACGAUGAGAUAUUUGACUUCGUGGUGGUCGGUGCGGGGUCUGCAGGGGCCGUGGUGGCGUCCCGGCUCAGCGAGGUGCCUUACCACAGGGUGCUGCUCAUCGAGGCUGGCGGAGACCCACCCCUGGCCAGCGUGGUCCCCAGCUUAUUCGUAACACUGAUGGGCACGGAGUAUGAUUGGGGAUACAACGUGAAGCUGGACGAUGGUGUCGGCGGGAUCUACAACAACAAACAAUUGCCUCUCAUUCGUGGCAAGAUGCUAGGGGGAUGCUCAUCUCUGAACUUUGAGAUGUACUCCAGAGGAGAAUCCAAAGAUUACGACGAAUGGAACCAAAUAGCGCCGGGCUGGGACUCCGAGACAGCCCUUCACUAUUUCAAGAAAUUAGAAAAUUUUACAGACCCAUCUGUAAUGAAUAACCCAGAUUAUUCUUCUUUCCAUUCCACAGAAGGUCCUGUUAAAAUAUCAAGUAAUGCAAGAAAUGAUUAUUUUGAUAAAAUCAAUAAUAAUAUCUUAAACUCUUACGAAGAGCUUGGUAUGAAAAGAGUAGUGGAAUUGGACGGUCCAUAUAGCUUAGGUGCAGCCCUACCAAGAUGGACUUUUAAUAGCGGAAGACGCUCAAGUACGGCAGAGAGUUAUUUACGAUCAACUCCAGAUAGAAACAAUUUGUUUGUUUCCAAAUUCACUAGAGCAACAAAAAUUUUGAUAGAUUCGGAUGAACUAAGAGCUUAUGGCGUUGAAGUUGUGACCCAAUCCGGAAAAAAAUUAAAAGUGCAUGCUACAAUAGAAGUUAUUCUAUCAGCUGGUAGUAUUGACACUCCCAAACUUUUAAUGCUUUCUGGUGUCGGACUUAGAAAUGAAUUAGAAAGUCAUGGUAUAGACACAUUGGUUGAAUUGCCUGUUGGGAAAAAUAUGCAGGAUCAUGCUUUAAUCCCACUCGUGUUUUCUGGUAAAAGAGGCUUAGAUUCAGCUGUGCAGCAUGUUAUUUCUGCUACCGAAAUGGAUUCCGUACCAGCACCGAUCCAAAAUGGAUUCUUUAAUAUAAAUAAACUCGAUGGUAGAAGGCAAUUUCAAAUUUCUAAUACGCACGUCGGUGCUCUUGCUGCCCCAGUACUCCAAUUUGCUUGUGAGACAUUGAACAUGAGGAGAGAUUUUUGCUCAUCUAUCGCUCAAGCAAAUAUUCUUAAUGCUAUAGACUGGACGUUCCUAGUACUUUUACAUCCAAAAUCUAGAGGCGAAGUUAAAUUAAAAAGCCAAAAUCCUUUGGACGACCCUGUUGUGAUCGGUGGAUAUUUUAGAAAUGAAAAUGACGUCGAUGAUUUCAUUGAAGGAUUGAAUUUUAUGCAAAGGUUAGUGAACACAUCUUACUAUAAGAGUGUCAAAGGGAAACUGGAAAAAUUGAACGUGAAACCAUGUCGAAAAUUGGCAUAUAACACGGAUAAUUACUGGCGCUGCUAUAUCAGAAAUACUGUUUCAAUUCUUCAGCAUCCUGUUGGUACAUGUGCUAUGGGACCUGAUGGUGUGGUUGACGAAAGAUUGAGAGUUUACGGUGUUGCUGGCUUACGUGUUGUUGAUGCAUCGGUUAUGCCGACCAUUCCUGGUGGAAACACCAAUAUUCCCACCAUGAUGAUAGGUGAAAAGGCUGCGGAUAUGAUCAAAGAAGAUUAUGGAGUAUUUGUAAAAUGAGUGUAUAUAGAUAGAACUAAUAUAAAUGCCAAAAAAUACAAGUAAAUAAAAUACGGCGGGACUGCUGUCAAGGUGAUAAGUAAAUAGAAGUGAGAAAUUCUGUGUUAAUUUAUUUAUUAUUUUACUAAUUGGGAUUUUGGCUAUGAAACCAAAAAAUACAUUGGUUUUAUUUUGUCUUGAUGUGUUACGUUUUAAUUGUUAAGUAUAAUGGUUGAAAUCUAUUUUUCCCUGUUUUUUAUGUUCACGUCAUACAAUCUUCAAUCAUACACGAGUUCUAACUAUUGCGGAUAUACAGCUGAGACUAUUGGAAUAACUUUAUCUUUCGACGCACAGAGAAACUCGUCAUACUAAACUUAUGAUCCGAUUCAAAAAAUCCGUCAGGCAAUUGAAACAUAAUGUCAUGUCAGGUAUUUUAGAUGGAAUUAUGUCAAUAUGGAUAUGAAGUCAACUAACUAAAUAAGAUAUGGAAAACAAGCUUUUAUUAUUAUUUAAAAAGGGUGGCAAACUUGGACAGGUUCCGCCUGGUGGUAAUCAGCAAACAUAGCACACAGAGUCAAACUUAAAAUCAUAUAAUCAGUUUACGCUGUUGUUGAGUUAUGGAAUACUAGAGUAACGGAUAGAAUACAUAUAUUGUACAUAUAAAAGUUUAUUUAUAUAGAAAUACAUAUUAAACAUCC